AUGAUUGUAGCAGUAGCAGUAGCAGUAGCAAUAGCAGUAGCAGUAGCAGUAGCAGUGGCAGUAGCAGCAGCAGUAGCAGUAGCAGUAGCAGUAGCAGUAGCAGUGGCAGUAGCAGUAGCAAUAGCAGUAGCAGUAGCAGUAGCAGUGGCAGUAGCAGCAGCAGUAGCAGUAGCAGUAGCAGUGGCAGUAGCAGUAACAGUAGCAGUAGCAGUAGCAGUGGCAGUAGCGGCAGCAGUAGCAGUAGCAGUAGCAGUGGCAGUAGCAGCAGCAGUAGCAGUAGCAGUAGCAGUGGCAGUAGCAGCAGCAGUAGCAGUAGCAGCAACGGUAGCAGUAACAGUAUAUUAUCGGUAG